UAUUACUUUUUAGUGGUCACGUUUAAAUAUUUGAUAUAUACAUAUAUAUUAAAUGUUACUGAGCAUAAUCUAAGUUCUUUGCAUUGUAUGUUUGGAAUUACAAAUGUAAAUGUACAAAUUUGUAAAAAAUAAAAAUAAAUAUUUACAGAAUGUUAUGAUGGCUGCAAAUCAUGUUCCGGUCAAAUUUGCACAAGUUGUGAAGAAUCUUACUUUUUAACAAAUGGCUUCUGUUCACAAUGCCCCGAAAACUGUGAAAGCUGUAACAGCUGGGAUGAUUGUACUUUAUGUAAGCCAAAUAAUUAUGGUUUACAUGCAAGAUGUACUUUCAACUGUGAUGGUAAUUGUCUUAAUAAUGCUUGUCAAGAUAAUACUGGAAAUUGUCUUCAAUGUAAGCCUGGUUUCUAUGGGCUUGUUUGUCAACACAAUUGUAGUUUAUGUAGAAAUGAACGUUGUGAUUUACACAGCUGCUCGAGUGGUUGUAGAGAUGGAUACUAUGAGUAUUUAUCAGGUGUUGAAAACAUCUGUCAAAAAUGUUCAUCUAAUUGUAAACAUUGUAAAGAUGAAAGCAAAUGUUCUGUUUGCAAUAAUGAUUAUCAUUUGUAUGGAUUCAAUGACAAUGUUCACUGUGUCCAAUGUUUGCAAGAAAUACCAUGUCCAUUCUGUGUAAAACAAGGCUGUGACAAUUGCAAAAUACUUAAUGGCUCAUUAGUUUGCACUGAUUGUCCAGUUGGACAAAGGUUUGAUGGCAAAGUGUGUGUAAUAGACACUAACAUCAUAUGCUCCAAUAGUUGUUCCACUAAGUGUGAUAAUAAUGGGAUAUGUCAAGGAGAAUGUAAAGAUGGCUGGACAGGUGAAAAAUGUCAAACACAAUGUUCUAAUCAACAGUGUUCAAAAUGUUAUAAAGAAAAUGGCAACAUGUGUAAGCAGUGUAAAGGUGACUUUUUCUCAGAUAAUUGUAGUUUAAUUUGCAAUACAUCAUGUGCAGUAGAAGAUGGCAAUAAUACAUGCAGAAUUACGGAUGGGUAUUGUUUAAAUGGAUGUAAAUCGCAAUUCUGGGGCGAAACCUGCGAGAAAUCGUGUCCUGAUGGAUGUAAAGAUCGGCAAUGUGACAGAAACAACGGCACAUGUACAGGAGGAUGCGCUGGUGGAUUGACAGGGGACAAAUGUAAUCAAGCUAUCACAAUGGGCAAAAAAGAGUCAACAACUAGUUCAACGGAAACAAACUCAUUGCAAACUGUAACAGAGGGUUCGGGAAAUGUUAAGCAAACAACAGAAGACAGUAAUGAACAUUAUCACCAUAGGUGCUUCGGCAGGAGGGGGCGGUCUUAUUACUAUAUUGAUUAUAGUCGUAAGUGUUUGUCUGCUAAAACGGAGAAAAAAAUCACCGGGUGAUGAAUCUGCUCAGAACGAAGUGAUUGUAACAGAUGAUCAAAAUAUGUACGCAAAACCGAAAACGACACCUAACGUUGUGAAAGAUAAUCAGGACUACAUUUACGCCCAACCAAACAAAUCACAUAAACUAAAGACACCUAGUACAAAUGAGAUUAGUAAACCAAAGACGAUGUAUGACAACGUUACCAUAGACCUAGACGAUGAAUUAACAGUCUCAAAUGGUGCUUAUGCAAGUAUCUCAAAUGAAAAAGAUGCUGAAAGUAAAACAGAAAUUGAAACUGAUGUUGAUGAAAUAGAGUUAGAAGAAUUAGAUGACGGAAGGUCAAAACUUAUAGAAAUAGAGGUCAACCCACCUAGUGCUGAUUUGUAUUACAAUACAGCCAGUUUGGUUCGAAGCCGGAUUCAAAUAUCUGACAUUCUUGAAUACAUCAAGAAGAAGACUGAUUAUGAGGAUGAAUUUCAGAAACUACCUAAAGGUUUGACAAGAACUUGUAACGAAGCUCUGACUCGGAAUAAUCGCAAGAAAAAUAGAUACAACGGAGUGUAUGCAUAUGAUGCGACUCGUGUUGUGUUACAAAGUAAAACCUAUAUCAACGCAAAUUACAUUGAUGGACACAAGAAGUCACCAGAGUACAUAGCCUCUCUUGGACCAACUAAAGUUCAAAUGAAUGGCUUUAAAGACUUUUGGGAGAUGAUAUGGGAAAACAGAACAAAUAAAAUCAUAAUGUUAACCAACCUUGAUGAGUCCGGGAAAAUGAAAUGUGAGCAGUACUGGCCUGAUCAAGGUAAAACAAAACAUUACCAAGGUUACAAAGUGGUGUGCAAUUCUGAAAAGAUAUUUUCUGAAUUCACUUUAAGGGAGUUGUCUGUUAAUGCUCAAGGUUCUGUAUCCAGGAAAGUAACACAAUAUCAUUAUACCGCCUGGCCCGACCGAUCCGUUCCAGAUAAUGUUGCCUCUCUGAUAGAGUUUAGAAACAAAGUUGAACAAUCAAAGACUAACGAUGCUGGCCCAAUGGUAGUGCAUUGCAGUGCAGGAAUCGGUAGAACUGGAACCUAUAUCGCAUUAGAUACACUUAUACUGGAAGGCAAAAAUGACAAUUAUGUUGACAUUUUUGGUCGUGUGAUGGCGCUACGUGGACAAAGAGGUCACAUGGUGCAAAACUUGGAACAGUACAUAUUUCUUCAUCGAUGUCUCCUGUAUGCCUUCACGUGCGAUCCCGAUCCACUUCCGGUCACACAUAUUCCUCGCAUCAUGACAGACGAUAAACUAUCACACCAAUUUCAGACAUUUACUGAUGUUGUUAUGCCGAAAGACUUUGAUAGAAAAUCAUCUGCGAACAAGAAAAUAAGGAAGGAAAAUAGGCACGGAGCUGACAUUCCUAGCGAUGAUUACAGAGUGAGACUGUCAUCAACAAAGCAUGACUACAUCAAUGCUGUUUAUGUAAAUGGAUACGAAAAUCCAUACAAAUUUAUUGUCACACAGACGCCAAUGCUAUAUACAGUUGAAAACUUUAUAUCGAUGCUGUAUCAAGAAAAAUGUGUUUGUGUUAUUAAUUUGGACGACGAAAUCCUGAAAGAUAAAUCCGUCGGACAUUAUCUAACGCAAGAUGGAAAGACGUUCAAAGUUGGACAUUUCCAAGUAGCUUGUAAGACGGUUGACACAUCGGAUUAUGGUACAAUACGGGACAUGACAAUAUCACGCACUGGAUUGCACCUUUCUGGAGGGGAGCUGCAUUUGAAACAUUACCAGUAUAACGGAUGGAAUCAGUCUGGAAAAGUCCCAUCUAUGAUUGAGCCGUUUUUAAAACUCGUCAAGGAUGUUGAGAAUGAGGUCAAAGGUCAAAGAGAAGAUAGACCAAUCGUAGUUCAUUGCUUAACUGGAGCUGAACGAAGCUGUUUACUUUGUGCUAUCUCUAUCAUAUCAGAAAAGUGUUUCUUUGAGAAAGAAAUUAGUGUCCUAAAUACCAUUUGUCAACUGCGUUCAAGGAGGAAAUCAGCUUUUACCGACAUUUCACAAUUCAGGUUUUGCUACCAAUCUGUAAAAUAUCUGGCUGAGAUUUCCGAAAAGAAAAAAUACUAUAAUAUGAACGAGUUGUUGUGAACAAUGGUUGAACAAAUUUGUCUUUAUUGUCAAUUUAUUACUUGUCCAUUUUUACACAAAUAUCACACUUGUUAAAAGUCUGAAAAUGCUAAUAUUUUUAUGUUUCAAAAGCUUUAUUUUGGCGUUUGGUGUCCUGUUGCAAUCUCUGAAAAGACAUAUUUCUCAUUGGCCAUACAUAAAGUUUAGCCAUAUUGUUUUAGUGUUGUUUUGGCAAAAAUCAGUUAUUGUCUUUUUGUAUUUUAUAUGAAAAUCAAAAUGCAAUUUUCUUUACAUUUUCUUAACCUAAAUUAAAAAAAAAAUAUUUCACCUCUUCGAGCACCGUAUUCUUCAGUUGAUAUGCAUCUUACAUGUUCUUAAUUCAAUUUUACAUCAUAACAAUGGCUUUUCUUCUGAAAAGAAUACUCAUUGUUUUUUGAAUACAUGUAAAGACACGUUUUCAAAUAUGAAGGACAUUUACACUGAAUAGUACUGUGAAGUUUUGAAAUAUUGUUAUAACAGUUUUCUAACAGCUUUUUGUUAAAUUAUUUAAAGUCGCUUGUAUUUGUAAUUUUCGAUGCAUUUAGCUUACAGUAUGCAUUUGUAUGCUUAAUAUAAACAGUUUGAUUAUAUUUUAUUAUGUUCCGGUCAUAUUAUUUUAUUAUUGAAAAGCAUGUUACUAAUUUUCUUAUUGAAUAUUUAAAACUAUAUAUUUUAAUGAUGUAAUAUAUGACUGUCUCAUUUCAUGCAAAUUAAUUUUCAUUUUGGAGUUGUUUUAUUUUUUUUCUCAAAAUGGUAUGUUUGGAAGGACAUACAUAUACCAUUAAUGGUAUGAAAAAAACUGACAGAACAAUAACUACUUUUUAGCUUUUAUAUCUGCCAUGUGCAAUAAACAUAAAUAUAUGAAUAAUUUAAACAAAUUAUAUUAUGAUUGUGAUAAAAGAAAGUAUUAGUUUUAUGAAGAAAUCAAAAUAUCAAUCCAUAUAUAAAGAAAUAUGAGUGAACUAUUAUUCUGUGUUAUAGCUUAAAUGAAUUAAGUAUUUAUCAUACUUAUUUUGCUUCUUUCCCUAAAAGUUAGAUUUUUUUAUCCAAAAAGGUAAAUAAGCUAUAAUGUCUUUUAAACGAAAAUUUAUAUAUUUCAUUUUAUCUAAUGAGCCGACUCAAUAAACCGAGUCUGAUAUUAUCAACUUUUUCCUUUUUUCAUAGCUCUCGAGUGUCCUCCUUUAAGAACAGUAUUAUUGCUUAUUAUAAAAUAACAUAAAAAUAAAGUACAGACUUUAAAAGCACGUUUUCUUAACUAGUAGUGUAUGAUUUGAAAAGAAAUUAUAAUGCUAUAGCCUUUCUAACUGUGUUUUAUAGAGUAUGCUUUUAGUUUAUACAUUAUGAUAAUCGAAACAUAUAUUAGUAAAUAUUUAUCUUUAUACAGGUUUAUUCAAGUUUACAAACUAAUUUAGUCUGACCAACUACAGUUUACAAUAUUCCGUUGUCUGACCAAUAUAGGUUUAUUAGAUUAAGUCUCUCCAAAAACAAGUUAAAUAUUUAUUUUGUUCUUUACAAAUAAUAGUCUUUGCAAAACAGAUCUACAUCUUCCAAUUGGUUAUCAUUGAUAUCCGUCUAUAACUCAUUAAUAAACUAUAGAUAUUUCAACAUGUGUUUAGAAAAUACAGACAAUUCAAUUCAGGUGUAGACUGUAGCCCAUUUAUCAUUGUUUUGUUAUCUUCAUAAACUUGUAAACGAGAUUUUUUUAUAUAUAAGUUUAUAAACUAAAGCUUCUUCUGCAAGAGUUUUUUAAAGAUGUACUUCUAUAGUUGAUCUCGAACAAUUUGGCUUUAUUUAUUCAACACAUAUAUUAAAAUUAAAGCAAAAUGUGUUUUCACAUUUAGUCAGUGGUCUUAAAUAUGAAUUUUUAAUAUGUUAUCCUUUUGCUAAUUUUGUAUACGUUUUGCAUUUACUUUUACAAUUAAUUGUUACACUGUUGUCUGUUAUAAUUGUUAGGUUUGUAAUACUCAUGCUUUAAUCAAUAA